AGUUUUAAUAAAAAACACAAAAGAAUUUUACAACAACUUGGUUUCUUUUUGUACUCUUUCUGCCUCCAUCUGGGCGAGGUUCAAUUCGUCCUCGAUUUUGACGCCAUUUUUUCAAAAUUUAAUGCUGCGAGUAACAGAGAGAGCAGAAGGAAAAGAGAAGAAAGACCUUCCCAGAAUAAUUCUAAGAAAGGAAAGGAACCUUCUCUGUACAGUAUCCUCCGCCGAUAAUAGAAAAACAAAGUAUCCUCCGCUCAGAAUAGAAAAACAAAGUAUAAAUCCUAAACGCGCUUUUCAUUUUGCUGUAACUCUGUUCGUCUCUCAGAUCGGUACUUUUCACGAGUUCAAAAUUUCCGAGGGGUUAGUUCAUACUCUCAAACGGUUUCUUGAUAGAUCAGCUGACUUUUACUUUCAUCUUCCUUUUUCCUCUUGCGGUUUUUUGUUUGGUUCUUGUGAAAUUGGAGGCAACUGAAGGGAAAGAGACAGGUGAAUACGAAAACGGAAUUUGUUGUUUUACUUCUCUCAAUUGAAAGUAGUUGAGUAGGAGCGUUUGUUCGUUUGUUGCUUUUCUUUUUGGUCUGUUUUCUUUAUUGUUUUGGAUUUUUCCUUUCAAAUUUUUAGCUGCGGAAAAAAGUGCGUAUAUGAAAGAACUGCUCGAGCAGAAUCUUGAUUUGUGUUAUUCUCUCGGAAUUUUUUACAAUCGAUUAAUUUCAAGGCAAUAACCUUUUGAUGUUCGGACUAAAAUGGAAUCUGCACACGAAAGUAGGAGGCACUUUUUGUUAAAAUUUUAUUUUCCUUUCUUAAAGAGCUUCUUUCUAGUUAAGCAAUUUGCAUGUCUAGUAAUAAUGAAGAGUUUGGCUGAAUCCGUUACUCCUUAACUGUUGUUUUUUUCCCCGUUGCCGAGCAAGUCCAAAGCUGUGAUCUUUGUUUCACCGGCUGAAAAAGGUAUCCCCGCGGUCAAACAGCUUGCUUUGCAAUUGUUGGAUGGUGGUGUUUGCUCUAAUUAGCAGGACUUCAGAUUUCUGAGGGUCCUUUUUGCAAGAGGGACAUCAGUUUGUAGAAAUGUCCGAAGCGGAGUGUCUUUUACUUGGUAACCAACGUUGAACUGUGCCUGACAACCUCUAGUUACCUUCCUCCUUUUCAUUCUCCUUCAUCCUCUUGAGCGGAUCCUAUUUCAUUUAGAUAAAUGUUUCCUUGUGUCAGUUGCUUCUGUUUACAUGAUAUAGUUUUAGUAUCAAGAUAACUUCAUCUUUAGAUAGUUCCUACAUUGGAAAAUCUGUCAUGUUCUGAAAUUGCCAUGGUGUUAUAAUCUGUAAAGGUAAUGGUCAAGAAACAAAUCCAAAGACUCUAGAGAGCCAAACCGGAAGGCAAGUUGCUCCCACUUCGUAAUAUCUGAACUUGACUUCUGGUUAUGUUCAUAAGCAUGUGCUGCAUGUUCUAUUUAAUCGUUAAGACCUGGUGAAACUAACUUUUCUGUGGGGCCGAUCUCUGGUAUAUGCAUGUGCAAUAACUAGUAUCAUCAUCCUUUGCUUAUUUAGCUGUAUUUCAAUUAUAAGGGGGAAUCCAUGAUAGAUGUUGAAUUUUCUCCCCUGUUUUCAAUUCCCCUUACUACAUACAUGGAAAACUAUGGGCUUGCCUAUUCAGACAAUUUUUUCGGUCAAGUCCUUCUCUUAUGCUCUGGGAUCUAUCUGGUGUGGUUGUAUCCUAACAUUUUUCAUGAUUUACGUUGUACUCAGUUAUUGUUGUUAGUGGACUUGCACUUGAUUUCUCUUCUGCACUGCAACCCAACAAUGUUUUGAGGCUCCUUUACAGUUCUGUGCAAGAGGAAAGCUCCACUGAUUUAAUAGACAUCUAGGUUGGGUCACUAGUGUUACGGACCGGAAGCAUAUGAAGAACGAAGUGAAAAUGCCAGAGAUUCAGUUGGGUGCUCACACUGUAAGAUCCCAUGGGGUUAAAGUUGCAAGGGCCCACAUGCAUGACUGGCUCAUUCUUUUGCUUCUUAUUGUGAUAGACGUCAUUUUAAAUGUUAUAGAACCAUUUCAUCGCUUUGUUGGAGAGGAUAUGAUGACUGACCUGGAAUACCCCUUGAAAGACAAUACUGUUCCUUUUUGGGCUGUUCCUAUUAUCGCAAUUAUACUGCCCUUUUCAGUCAUUCUUGUCUAUUAUUUCAUCAGAAGGGAUGUUUAUGAUCUACACCAUGCCAUACUGGGCCUUCUGUUUUCUGUGCUUAUCACUGGUGUUAUAACUGAUGCUAUUAAAGAUGCUGUUGGUCGACCUCGUCCAGACUUCUUUUGGCGUUGUUUCCCUGAUGGGAAAGGGGUGUUUGACCCUGUGACAAAGGAUGUUGUGUGUACUGGAUUACAGAGUGUCAUCAAGGAAGGACACAAAAGUUUCCCCAGUGGUCACACUUCAUGGUCCUUUGCAGGUCUUGGUUUCCUUGCAUUGUACUUGUCUGGAAAAAUUCGGGUAUUUGAUCGCAGGGGCCAUGUUGCGAAGCUAUGUAUUGUCUUCCUACCAUUACUUUUUGCUGCUUUAGUGGGAAUUUCUCGAGUUGAUGACUAUUGGCAUCAUUGGCAAGACGUAUUUGCUGGGGGACUUUUAGGAAUAACAGUUUCAUCAUUUUGUUACUUGCAAUUCUUUCCACCCCCGUAUGAUGUAGAAGGCUGGGGACCUCAUGCGUAUUUUCAGAUGUUGGCGGAGUCUCAAAACGGCAAUCCAUCCAACGGCAUCAAUGGUCAAAAUGUACAACAAUCAGAGCUGGAGAGUGUAUAUGUGGAGUCGCAGCGCGGCAGGGAACUAUCAAGAGCCAAUACUCAUGACUCUAGCCCUAUUCUCGAUGGAAUGAAUGACGGAAGGAGGUAUUGAUUGUUGAAUUUAGACUAUGUAGAGAAGAAUAGACAUAAUCAACAGAUGUCCAUAGUCUUUGACAUUAGAACAGUGUUUUGCUGUACACACGUUAGACAUUCAAUAUGGAUUUCCUUCUCCUUAAGUGAAAUUUGUUGAUUCAUUUCAAGAA